AUGAUGGGGCCAUCAAUGGAGCCAUUAACAAGACCAUUAACGGAGCCGUUGGCCGCCCUUGCCAGGAGCCGGGGCCCCGCUCAGCCCCGCCGCGGCCGGAUCGCCACAGCCCUCGGGUCUGAGGCGAAACCAAAGGCGUUUGAAACGGUUUUAACCGGUUUUCACCCAUUUUCACCCGUUCCCUGCCCCCGGGGCAGGCGCCAUCUUGCCGCCUCACCUCAAGCUUUCCCGCCUUUUUCCCCCCGCUCCCCAUGCACUUGCGCGGCGCGGCGCACGCUGGGAGUUGUAGUCUUCCCCCCCGCACCACCUCCCGUGGGGGAGCCGCCGUCAAGCGAAGCCGUGCUGAUAACGACAGCGGCUUUUGCGACGGCGGCGCACGUAAAGCGCGGCGUGUUGUUGACAGCGGCUGGAGCAGGAACAGCUCCCUUGGGAAUGGAGGCGAUCGAGGCCAUGGCUGCUUUGUGCAUGAAGGACCCGGAGGAGGAGGAGGAGGAGGGGGCGGAUGAAGACGGGCUCAUGGCUGAGCUGCGGGAGGUGCUGGGCAGCGUGGACACACCGGAGCCUGCAGCCAAGGUGUCGGCUCCGGAGCUUGGGAACACCGAGGCCUUGCUGCAGGAGCGGGCAGCUCUGUACCGGGCCGCCAUCGCCAGCACUAGCCCUGGCCCGCGGCUGCGGCGCUUCCAGAGGGGCCUCAAGACGCUGGAGGCGAUGCUGGAAUGCGUCAGGAAGGGAAAACCCAUCCAGGAGGAUGAAAUUCCCCCUCCAGUGGCGCUGGGCAAGGCUCCGGCCCCCCCUCCAGUGCCCCCUUCCCCCCCAGAGGAGGUUUCCAGGCUGGAUGCGGCCGCAUCCCAACGGAUCCAGCAUUCCCAGGAGCUCCGGAGCCGCCAGCACCAAUACAAGGUCUUGGCUCUCCAGGCCAAGCGCAGCGGGGACAUGGCCACAGCCACCAAGUGCUACCGGGAGGCGAAGAGGUUUGAUGCUCUCCUGAAUGCUGUGGCCAAGGGGCAGCCAGUGGAGCCCAGCCUCGUGCCGCCACCUCCUGAUCCACUCCCGGAGGAGCCGGAGCUGCAUCACACUGCGGAGCCAGAGGCCAAACCAGCUUCUCCUUCCAGUGCAGGCUCCGGGGCUGUGCUCCCAGCGCUGCAGCUCCGGAUGCGCCGCUACGAGGAAGCGGCGGCGGCGGCCGGCAUGCGGGGGGACGCGCGCAAGGCCCGGAUGCAUGAGCGCAUCGUGAAGCAAUACCAAGAGGCCAUCCGGGCCCACACCGCCGGGAAACCCGUGGAUCUCUCGGAGCUUCCUGUUCCUCCAGGUUUCCAGCCCAUCCAGGGCAUGGAUGCGGGCGGGGAGCGGAGCAUGGCGGCAGUGCUGGAGCAGGCACUGAGGCUCGUGGGGCAGGAGGAGCACGAGGGGGAGGAUGGAGCCAAGGAGGUGGUGAUCCCAGCACAGAUCCCGGCACAUCCCAGUGCCACCAGCGGCCGUUCCCAGCCCCAGCAGCCGCCCCCAUCCGGAGCCAUGGAUGUGACCGGAGCAACCAGAGCAGCUACCAAAGCCGGCAGCAGGGCCCAGCAGCAGCUUUGCUUCCUGCAAUCCCGGCGGGAGCAGCUCCUGGAAGCUGCUCUGGGAUCCAAGCGCCGUGGGGACCUGGAGGGGGCGAAGCUGUUCCUGCGCCGGGCCAAGGCGCUGGAGCCGGCGCUGGAGGCCUCGCGCCGCGGCCUCCCUGUGGACAUCAGCAAGGUGCCGGAGGCGCCGGGAUUCCCGGAGUUCUUCCUGCUGGAACCGCGCUCUGGCGCCAGGAUCCCGCCGGAAGCGGCCGCACGGUUCCUGGAGCUGUUGCGGCUCCUCCGGCGCCAGCACGAGAUCUGCCUCAGUCACUCCAAGCAAUUCACUCAACUGGGAAACCUCACGGAGACGACCAAGUUCGAGGCGCUGGCUCAGGAAUGCCGCCGGAGCCUGGAGCUGCUCCAACGGGCUCAUGCCGCUGGCGCCCCGGUGCCGCGGCACCACCAGGAGCAGCGAACCUUCACCACUAUCAGGAGCUUCCCGGAGCUGAGCCCCAGCGACCUGGAGCUGGCCAUAAUGAAGGGGAUGAACCUCCCGGCACCACAGGGUUUGGCUCCCAAGGACCUGGACACGUCAGUGCGGUUCGAGUUCCCGCAUCCCAGCGUGGAGGAGCCCCAGCGGGACAAAACAGCCACUGUGAAGAGCACGGAUUGUCCUGAGUUCCGGGAGCGGUUCCGGCUCCGGCUGCUCCGAGGGCACCGGGGGCUGCGCCGUGUCCUGCGCUCCAAAGGCAUCAAGUUCGAGGUGACCCACAAGGGGGGACUCUUCAAGCCUGACCGCAUCCUGGGCUCGGCCUCGCUGCGCUUGGAUGCACUGGAGACCACGUGUGAGGUCCGGGAGGUGCUGGAGCUCCUGGAUGGGCGGCGCCGCACCGGUGGGACCCUGGAGGUGCUGGUACGUCUGCGGGAGCCACUGGGAGCACCGGAGCUGCGGCCGCGCACCGAGCCCUGGCUGGUGAUCCAGGCACCGGGAAGUGCUGGGAAUGGCAGGGAACAGCACCGGGAACGGCACUGGGAACAGGCAAGGCACUGA